AUGGCGAGAUAUUUUGAAAACACAACUGUUUUCAACUUUAGUUGGGAUCAAGUUGCACUAGGAUAUUGGAGGAGAUAUCCUAAUCCACAAAGCUCACAUGUUCUAUCUGAAGAUACUUGGAGUAGAUAUGUUAAGGAUGGAUGUCUGUACACAAAAAGAUUAUUAACCAAAACUAAUAGAGUGCCAAAAUGGGGAGAAAGAUUUUUUAAUGCAAAAUCUGUGAAAAUUAUUGAGGAGAGUAUUGUAGAUCCCGAAAAGAAAGUUCUCAUCACAUACACCAGAAAUCUAGGCUAUACCAAAGUUAUGAGUGUGGUUGAAAGGGUGGAAUACAGGCCAUCAGGUGCUUCUCAAACAGUGGCACUUAGGUCUGCAUGGGUUGACUCACAAGUAUUUGGGUUCUCUCGUGCUAUACGAGCAUUUGGAGUUGACCGUUUCCGCAAGAAUGCGUCACACAUGGUGAAUGGUUUCAACUAUGUACUUAGCAAUAUGUUUCCGCGUCAAGUACCACAACACACAGUGACCCAUACACUUAAAGAAAUGCGUGAAGCAGCGGCAGCAGCAACUGACCGAGCUAAGGCAAACGUCUUGUCCUCUGUUAACAGAACAUAA